UGCUUGGCCAGCCUGGCACCAGCUGUCCAUCCCUGGGGCCAAGUCCACGGAGCCCGCUGUGUGUGAGAGACUGUUUGGCUCUGGGGGUGGCAGGCGGGCAGCUGCCGAGGAGGACGAGCUGGAAACGUGCACUCGCCGUCCACCAGCAUGGCAGCCUCCUCCCAGUACCGCCAGCUGCUCAGUGACUAUGGGCCGCCCUCGCUGGGCUACACCCAGGGAACUGGGAGCAGUCAGGUGCCCCAGAGCAAGUAUGCAGAGCUGCUGGCCAUCAUUGAGGAGCUGGGGAAAGAGAUCAGACCCACCUACGCAGGGAGCAAGAGCGCCAUGGAGAGACUAAAGCGAGGCAUCAUUCAUGCUCGAGGCCUGGUUCGGGAGUGCCUGGCGGAGACUGAACGCAACGCCAGAUCCUAGCCUUCCGCGAGAGGAGCAGGCACAGGUCUCCCCUGAUCAGGAAACUUGUUUUCAAAAUGGUAACAGUUUAGUAUUUUCUCCUUUGGUUCACUGAGCUCUGAACCUAAUCUCUAAGAAUGGGAAAAGGUUUCUCAGUUAAUUAGAAUUUGCGUUUUAAGAGGUUACAAAUGAUUCAGGGUUCUUUUUUUUCUCUCCAAGCAUUGAUUUGAAAAAUGCAUGUGAAGUUAUUUUACAGCAAACUUGUCUGCCUCCAAGAUACCAGUGACUCCCUUUAAUCUCCUGUUUGACUACAUUUAUACAUCAUUGAAACUGCUUUUGCUCCUUUCCAUAAGCUCCUCCCCUUCGAGGACUUGGUUCUAAAGCAUCCGACCGCGGUUUUAGGAGUAGCUGGUUCCACUUGCCAUACUGUGUAGAUUCUGCUUCCUGGAAAUUCUUUUCUGCUUAAGCAUUUGCAUGACCCUUAGUGCUUUGAAGUCAGUCUUAAAAAUGCACAAGUUAUAAAUACAGAAGAAGGAGCAACCUACCAAACCUGAAAAGCGCCCUGAACAUUUGCAAACUGCCUAUGUACAUUUCACUUCCACACGUACUGUAUGUUGAUCAAAACAUCUGGAAGACUGAAAACUGUUUGCAUCUUUGUAUUUAUUACUUGAUGUAAUAAAGCUUAUUUUCAUUAACAA